CAAUUUUAACAAGAGGAAAAAGACUAUCGCUACGGGUUAUUGGGUUAUUUUGUAGUCCAGUAAGUCCUCUCUGCUUCCCGUGCAGACUCUCCGGAAGACCGCAUUAAGGCCCCUCGUGGACAUAGACUCCUUUGGACGGGCGCCAUCGCUCACCGACUCCCCCGGGAAACCUGCCCUCUCAAAUCCGGUCCACGCGUCUGCGCGUGCGGCGGAGUCCCGGGCGUUUUGACUCGACCCUCUCACCGUCACAGGGAAGUCAACUGCGAUGGCCAAGCUACAGGGCUUUGAUUUCUGGAGUAAGACCCUGAAAAAGGCACGCUUUGUGGUGGCACCCAUGGUGGACCAGAGCGAGCUGGCCUGGCGCCUGCUCAGCCGCCGACACGGUGCUCAGCUCUGCUACACCCCCAUGUUCCACGCCCAAGUGUUUGUGCGUGACGCCAAUUACAGGAGAGAGAACCUCUAUAAUGAGGUGUGUGAGGAGGACAGACCUCUCAUCACGCAGUUUUGUGCCAAUGAUCCAGAGGUGUUCCUUGAGGCGGCCCUUCUGGCCCAGGACUACUGCGACGCCAUCGACCUCAACCUGGGCUGUCCACAGAUGAUAGCUAAGAGAGGGCACUAUGGAGCCUUCUUACAGGACGAAUGGGAGCUGUUGGAGAAAAUGAUCAGGUUAGCCAACGAAAAGCUCUCUGUGCCCAUCACAUGUAAGAUCCGUGUGUUCAACGAGAUUGAAAAAACAGUCUCCUAUGCUCAGAUGCUGGAGAAAGCUGGAUGUCAGCUGCUCACAGUACAUGGCAGAACCAAAGACCAGAAAGGAGCCAUGACGGGCAUUGCUAGCUGGGAGCACAUCAAGGCAGUACGGAAGGCAAUUAAUAUUCCAGUGUUUGCUAAUGGCAACAUUCAGCAACUGAAUGAUGUGGAGCGCUGCAUUCAGGAGACGGGGGUUCAGGGUGUUAUGAGUGCAGAGGGGAACCUCCACAACCCAGCGCUAUUUGAGGGCAACAGCCCCCCAGUGUGGGAGAUGGCUGAGGAGUAUCUGGAGUUGGUGAAGCGGUAUCCUCCCUGCACUCUGUCCUAUGUACGAGCCCACCUCUUCAAGCUCUGGCACCACACGUUACAGCUCCACCACGACCUGAGGGAGGAGUUGGCCAAGGUGAAGAACCUCGAAAGUUUGGCAGACGUCAGCAAAAAGCUGAGGCUGCGCUGCCAGGAAGAAAUAGCCAAAGGAAAGGAUGUGGAAGAGAAGGAAGGCGGCCUGCCCUUCCCCCACUGGAUCUGCCAGCCGUACGUCAGACCAGUGCCGAAGGAGCCGGUGGCCAACGGUAAGAGCCAGGGUUCAGAGGUGAAGAAGGCUGUGUGUCAGAAGAGGGCACUGGAGGACUCCGAUGGAUCCGCGGACACGCUCUCCAAAAACAAGCAGAAGAAGAGAUCCCGCAACCCCCACAAGAACUUCUGUUCCGAGCAGAAACCCAAGUACAUCAAAUGUGAACAGUGUGGGAACCCAAAGGGAAAUAAGUGCGUCUUCAACCUGUGUCGAGGCUGCUGUAAGAAAAAGGCCUUCAAGGAGGUGGCAGAUUGUCCAAGUCACGGGCUGAGGUUCAAGGCCAAGGCAGAGAAACUGAAAGCGGACGAGGACAACGGGAAGGAAGCCUCAGCAACGGAGACGGAGAGAGACGGCAGCCCCCCUCAGCCUGUCCUACGUCAAGCUACAGAGCUGCAGCUGCAGCCGCAUGCACAUGUACCACUAUGAGCAGCACUGUGGCUCCAGUACCUCUACAUGCACUGACCAUACUGCUGUUAACCCAUUUCAGGUCAUACCUUUGAUGAGAGCAGUUCAGUUAAGAUGUUCAUCAUAGUAAAGGUCUGUUGUGUGUACCCACUUGGAUUUACCAUGCUUGUGAUGAACGAAUGGUGGGAAAGCUUUUUUGGUCAGAGAUGUAACUGUAGGGUGAAAACGUCCAGUGUCCAGUGUGUGCAUGUAGAGGAAACCAACGAUCGGGACAGGACAGGACACACAGGUGCUGAAUACCUUCACUGAAACUGUUCUCACGACUGUCUGUGCUGGACUGAUCAACAGAUCAAAAACAUUAAGUAAAGAAAUGUUUUUUUUUAAUUUGAUGUGGAUUUCCAGGACCAUAAUUAGCUUGGUAUUUACUUUGGCAGGAGUGUUGGGCAGUUUCCUCCUUGCAAGGGAAUGAGUUUUCCUCUUAAUUCUGUCAAUGUAUUUUAUUUUUCCAUUCAAACAUUUUAUAUGGAUAAGUUUUGGCACCAAAGUUGAAAGAUUCAGAAACUGUCAGACUGAUGGAGGGAAUGUUAUUGCUUUAAUUGAACGAAUGUGGUUUUAUUUGCAACUGAUGAGUGAAACUAUACAUUUUAGGUUUGCCUGUAGUGCUUUUGACCAGAUGUGCCUUUUGAUGAGAAAUACCACUGCCUGUUCAGAUAUGAUGAGAACAUAGUCUGGUGUUGUGCGAGUUUUGCUAAGCGACUACACAGUCAAGAAUCUGCCUGUAAAAAUGAACACUGACAUUUUUGACAAA